CACGAGUAUGAUUUCAUAUACUGUGCUUCUGAAUGUGGCAUUGGAACACAGAUCAUUUCAGAACAUCUUUACUGUUUUGCUUCUAGGAAAUCAGUGUGUAUUUCACCAGUUUCUACAGAAGAUGAAAUGAAACUGAACUCCAGUCCUUUUAUGGCUGACUUUACAACCACACCAGAAGAGUUAGAAUUGCUAUCUUAUAGUCAGAAUGAUACCCUCUUUAUGGUUAAAUAG